AAAAUCAAUUUGUCCAUGAAAUUUAUUUAGUGUGUAAGAGGCAAAUUGCUCCUUAGACAAUGUGGAGGGUGUUUUCUUUUUAACCGAUUUGUGUCGACAGUAAAGUGUUUAGCUGUCCGAUGUUAUUUUCGUAAAACGAAUCAGAUGGACAAUGAAACUAUGUUAUAAUCUCCACUCCCUCCAAAAACAAACACUUCAUCAACAACAACGUUACGUUCUCUUCCAAUCCUUCACCAUUCGUAAAAUCCGAAACCUUUUCUCCACAAAAUUCGUCAGCUUUAUUCACAAUUUUACACAAAUUAACCAACACCAAAAUAUAACAUCCAUCUCAACACUCUACUCCAACUUACUCCCAAAAUGCACAGCUUCAAAAUCUUUAAAACCAGGCAAGCAAAUCCAUUCCCACGUUAUCAAAUUGGGUUUAUCUCAAAACCCAAAAAUCAGGAACCUUUUGAUCAAUCUCUACUCAAAGUGCCAGUCUUUCGGGUAUGCACGGAACAUGGUUGAUCAAAGUACUGAACCAGAUUUAAUUUCUUGGUCUGCUUUGAUUUCCGGGUACUCACAAAACGGGUUCGGUAAAGAAGCAAUUUUAGCCUUCUAUGAUAUGCAUUUGCUGGGUGUUAAGUGUAAUGAGUUUACUUUUCCUAGUGUACUCAAGGCUUGUGUGGUUACUAGGAGUUUAAUUCUUGGGAGGCAAGUUCAUGGGAGUGUUGUUGUUACUGGGUUUGAAAAUAAUGAGUUUGUUGCUAAUAGUUUAGUCGUUUUGUAUGCGAAAUGUGGAGGGUUUGGCGAUUCGAGGAAGAUUUUCGAUGCAAUGGUUGAGCGAAGCGUUGUUUCAUGGAAUUCUUUGUUGUCUUGUUAUGUGCAGAGUGAUUUAUGUGAGGAAGCGGUUGUUUUGUUUGGCGAAAUGGUUUUGAGUAGAGUAAGGCCUAAUGAGUUUAGUUUGUCGUGUAUGAUUAAUGCGUGUACUGGCUUAGAGGAUGUUGGUCAAGGAAGAAAGAUUCAUGGGUAUUUGAUUAAGCUUGCCUACGAUUUAGACCUAUUCUCAUCAAAUGCGCUUGUUGACAUGUAUGCAAAAGUAGGGACUCUCGAAGAGGCUAUCUGUGUUUUUGAGGAAAUUGCGAAACCUGAUAUUGUUUCUUGGAAUGCUGUUAUCGCUGGUUGUGUUCUUCGUGAGCACCAUCAUUGGGCAUUGGAGUUGUUUGAGAACAUGAAUAGAUCAGGAAUGUGCCCGAAUAUGUAUACUAUUUCAAGCGCGCUUAAAGCUUGUGCUGCUAUGGGUCUCAAGGAAUUGGGAAGACAGUUGCACUCCAGCUUAAUAAAGAUGGAUAUAGGAUCAGAUUCUUUUAUUCGAGUGGGACUCAUAGAUUUGUAUUUCAAGUGUGACUUGAUGACUGACGCAAGGUUGGUUUUUAAGUCGAUGUCUGAGAAAAACAUGAUUGCAUGGAAUGCUGUGAUAACCGGACAUUCCCAAAAUUUGGAAGAUAUAGAAGCUGUCUCUCUUUUUCCCUUGAUGCACAAGGAGGGAGUAGGAUUCGACCAGAUAACCUUGUCAACAGUUCUUAAAUCAGUAGCUAGCUUGCAUGUUAACCACAUUUGCAGCCAAAUUCAUGCACUUUCUAUGAAGUCAGGGUUUGAGUUUGACAAUUAUGUAAUAAACAGCCUCAUAGAUACAUAUGGAAAGUGUGGCGGCAUGGAAGAUGCAACCAGAGUAUUCAAAGAGAGCCCAUUUGCAGAUUUGGUGGCUUUCACAUCUAUGAUAACAUCUUAUUCACAAAAUGGACAAGGGGAAGAAGCUUUAAAGCUAUAUCUGAAAAUGCAGGAUAGGGAAAUCAGGCCAGACUCUUUCCUUUGCAGUUCUCUUUUGAAUGCUUGUGCCAAUUUGUCAGCAUAUGAACAAGGAAAACAAGUUCAUGUUCAUGUCUUGAAGUUUGGAUUCAUGUCAGAUAGCUAUGCUGGGAAUUCGCUUGUUAAUAUGUACGCUAAAUGUGGAAGCAUAGAUGAUGCAGAUCGUGCUUUCUCUGAAAUACCUGAGAGAGGAAUCGUAUCGUGGUCUGCUAUGAUUGGAGGACUUGCUCAACAUGGGCAUGGAAAAGAGGCACUCGAUUUUUUCAACCGAAUGAUAAAGGAUGGUGUUUCUCCUAAUCAUAUAACUCUAGUGAGUGUGCUUUGUGCAUGUAAUCAUGCCGGUCUGGUUUCUGAAGCCGAGAAAUACUUUAAAUCAAUGGAAAUGUUGUUCGGUAUUGAACCUACACAGGAACAUUAUGCUUGCAUGAUUGACAUCCUUGGUCGAGCUGGAAAAUUAGAGGAGGCGAUGAAGCUCGUGAAUAUAAUGCCCUUUCAACCUAAUGCUUCAGUGUGGGGGUCCCUUCUCGGUUCCGCAAGAGUUCAUAAGAAUAUUGAGCUUGGAGAACAAGCUGCCGAGAUGCUUUUUUCCCUAGAACCCGACAAAUCAGGUACCCAUGUUCUUCUUGCGAACAUUUAUGCCUCAGUCGGCAUGUACAAUGAUGUGGCGAAAAUGAGAAGACUCAUGAAAGACAGCAAGGUAAAGAAGGAGCCUGGAAUGAGUUGGAUUGAGGUAAAAGAUAAAGUACACACAUUUAUAGUAGGAGAUAGAGACCAUUAUAGAAGUAAAGAAAUUUAUGCAAAGCUUGAUGAGUUAGCUGAACUUUUAAAUAGAGCUGGCUAUGUUCCUAUGGUAGAAAUUGACCUGCACGACGUUGCACGAAGCGAAAAAGAGCAGCUUCUGUCCCACCACAGCGAAAAACUUGCAGUCGCCUUUGGCUUGAUAGCUACUCCGCCUGGAGCACCCAUAAGGGUGAAGAAGAAUCUUCGAGUUUGUUUGGAUUGUCAUACUGCAUUCAAAUUUAUCUGCAAGAUCGUCUCAAGGGAGAUAAUUCUGAGAGACAUCAAUCGGUACCACCAUUUCAAAGACGGUUCAUGUUCUUGUGGGGAUUACUGGUGACGUUCAUAGAUUAGAAUAUUUUUGAUAGAUUGUUCGACGAUAACGGCCAUUGCGAUAGCCUGAUGUAGACAUUCUUUUCAUUUUUGGUAGAUUAUAUAAAGAUUUUUUGUCUACUCUUGGUUUGAAGCAAAGGCUUCCACUGAAAUUUUCAUUUCUGUAAGAAAUUGAAUCUGAGCAAACAAUAAUGUACAUCUUUUGCCAUUUACAACAGAAUAUGAACUAUUUGGUUUCA